AGUUACUUCUACAACGAUGACACUUUUAACUUCAACUACGCCCAAGCCAAAGCUGCGAUGGGCAAUUUUAGUGAGGCUGAAGAGGUGUUCCUUUUGAUCCAGAGUGAGAAGAUAAAGAAUGAUUUUGUUUACCUUAGCUGGCUAGCUCGCUGCUAUAUUAUGAAUAAGAAACCGCAGUUGGCCUGGAAGCUCUAUCUGAAGAUGGAGACCUCAGGGGAGUCCUUUAACCUAUUGCAGCUCAUUGCAAAUGAUUGCUACAAAAUGCGUCAGUUUUACUAUUCAGCCAAAGCGUUUGAUGUUCUGGAGAGACUGGACAGUAAUCCUGAAUACUGGGAAGGCAAGAGAGGUGCUUGUGUGGGUGUCUUUCAAAUGAUCUUAGCUGGCCGAGAAGCAAAAGAGACUCUACGGGAAGUACUGCAUCUUCUGAAGAGCACUGGUAAUUCUCAAGUAGAAUACAUUGUCCGCAUCAUGAAAAAGUGGGCCAAGGAGAACAGAGUCCCUGUUUAAGUCAGUGACACAAAAUGAACAGGGUCAGUUACUGACUUAUUGUGUGUGUGGCUGUAAGAUGUGGUCUUGGUUUCUCCUGUGCAUUCUGGGUAUCUCCUUCCUUGCAGGACUUUAGACAAUCAAGCAGGUUGGCACAGCUGAGCAACAGUGCAGUGCAGUAAGAUUGCAAAACAUUUAGCAAGUUGGUUUGG